AACAAAGGCCUCUCCCCCCCUCACUCCCUCGAGGGAUUGAGGUUGGCCAGGCUGUCCUAUCGGGUUGAGUGCGUUGUCAAGCGCUGACCAGGCUAAAAAAGAAGGAAAAAGGAAAGGCAGGGGCUUUUGCAGGGGCAAAAUGCCAAAAUAAACACUUGUCGCUGGUGAAAUUUGGAACGGUGGUGGCUUAGGUGGCUUACGUUUUCCCAACCACAAAAGCGAAUAUUUUCCAGCUCAGCACGCGUUUAGGCGCUGUUGCGUGCCUUUGGUCCUGGGGACCAUUAGCCUGGUGAGUGGGAGAUACACUUGGAUAUGAGAAACGGCGAGGGAAGGACCCACAGACUGAUGGCAGACAGGAUACAAUCUUUUCACGGUCCUCGCCACGGACCGACUUGCCCCAACGCAGGGAUACGUAAUAAAAAUGUAGACAAUUUUUACGACACUGUCCGAACAACACAAGUGGACAUUCCGCUUUUAUUUCUUCAUUAAAAAGCAGUAUUGAUUGCCCACCAGGAGGUCGUGGAGGCGGAGCAACCGAGGAGUGCCCCCAAGGACCUUUUUACAUCCAUACUUUUAUUAUAGUUUGCCACACAAAAGGUCUUUGUCAGUGGCGUUAUUGGGCUUUCACUGGCUCCGCCACUCUGUAUUUGAUUUAUCCAUAUUGAAAACCAUAUCUGUCUGUCGUUGCCUUUUCAUCUUUUGUAUGCCAAUGCAAACGGUAUUUUCAGUUCAACUGUCGUCUCCCGUUGUCUCCUGACUCAAGUGCACAUUUAAAGCAACACAAUUUUGAUUGAAGUGGACAGCGGUUUCUGCAUAAAGCAUGUCUUUGAUGUCACGUAAUUGAUUACCCAUGUCCUGCCAAAUGACCGAUAAUGUGGUAGCAAUUUUUCAACGCCGACAAACAACUCCCCGAUGACCCCUUUAUCGCUCCCCCAGUGAUGAAUGGCCAAACUAUAAAUACUGGCCUAAUUGGCCUGAGCCAAAGGCCUAUAAAAGAGGCCGUGAAACAAAUGCCGCUUGCAGUUUUCAAGAUGGGUGUAACAAACGUGCAGUUAUGCAGUUUGCUAACAAAGUUUACGGCUCUCAAUGGACUAAACACCUACUAUUUCGAUCCAAAGACGAAUGGGUUCAGGAGCUCCUGGAAGCUUCAGAUAUACUGCGCUAUACAUCAUGCCCUCUGUGUGCUGGCUCUGGCCCACAUGUCCUAUAGCACCGCUAGUAAUAUGAGAGUGGCCGUGACUGUUCUCACGAUUGGAGGAACCACGGCCUGCUGUGUGAAGUCCUGCUGGGAUAGGGCGCAGGGCAUUCGGAAGUUGGCCCGAGGACUUGUCAAAAUGGAGCAGAUGUAUUUCAGAGGGAGGGACAGCGGGCCGCUUUUGAAGUACCGAUACUACAUGAAAAUUACUUUUGUUUCGAUAACCCUGCUGCGCAUACAUCUGUUCCAUCCGAUCUACAUGAGGAGACUGCUGCCUUCGCAGUUUUAUGUAAAUGUGGGAGCGUAUUGGCUACUCUACAACAUGCUUUUGGCAGCUGUGCUCGGCUUCUACUUUUUGCUGUGGGAAAUGUGUCGCAUUCAAAAGCUCAUAAAUGAUCAAAUGGAGCUCCUUUUGUCCAGGUCCAGGCAGAGAAAUCGCCUGGCAAAGACGCUGCACUGCCUUAGACUCUACUCCAAACUUCUGCUGCUGUGUGAGCAGUUCAACGACCAGCUGGGACACGUGUCCGUGUGGGUUUUGGCCUGCAAAAGUUGGUUCCAGAUCACCUAUGGCUACGAAAUAUACCAGAUGGUGGCUGCUCCAAAGUCAAUUGACCUAAGUAUGGCCAUGCGACUGUUUGUGAUUUUCAGCUACAUUCUGGAUGCCCUUAAUCUAUUUGUUGGAACAGACAUUUCCGAAUUGUUCAGCACUUUCAGGACGGACUCUGCGCGCGUUUUAAGGGAGGCCAAUCGCUUGGAUCGCCUGCUCUCCAUCUUCACCUUGAAGUUGGCCCUCCAUCCGAAGAGGGUCGUCUUUCUCAACGUGUUUACUUUUGACCGAAAGCUGACUCUGGCGCUUCUGGCCAAGUCGACGUUGUACACAAUAUGCUGGCUGCAAAACGACUACAACAAACUCAAGGCGUAGACUCCAUUCAAGGCAUAUCCUGUGCUCCCAAGAGUUUAUUAUCCCACGCACAAGAGUUCGUCUGGACUGCGGGUACAAAGCAAAAACCAAGGCGCAUGCACAACUUAAAGCAAUACGAGUACAAACAUUUACAUACACAUAUGUGCUCAGCAAAUAUAUAAUGGAAAAAUCAACGACAAUGCAUCCAAAUCCAAAUCCAAAGCCACGAGCCUGAGGAACUGUGCACGAUGACUAUUGGUUUGAUGAUGAUGAUAACGAUGAUGAUGAGGUGAAUUGGCCAAGUUGCACAAUGGCUUAGAAAAGAAGUAAGGAUG